UGUGUACGAACCCGCCACUCAACUGUUUCAUCUGGAGCCGUCCAAGUACGCCUACCUGAGCGCAUGGCCCAGAAACAACAUCUACCGCCAGUUCCUGAGUUUCUUUCUGAUCGUUUGGUAUGCAAGAUCAUCUUUGACCGCAUCCUGUCCAAGAGAUGGUUAACUAAUGCCUCGAUUUUCUUUCAAAAUAGGAUCUUCGGCAUUAUCGUGUACUUUAUUUCCGCAACCCUCUCCUACAUCUUCAUCUGGGACAAGACGACAGUCAAGCAUCCAAAGUUCCUCAAAAAUCAAAUUACCAUGGAGAUUGCGCAGACCAUGCGAUCCAUGCCCGUCAUGUCUCUCCUGACCGCUCCUUUCUUGGUCGCCGAGGUUAGGGGAUACGCCAAGUUGUACGACUCCUUCGACGAAGAGCCGUUCCCUUACUAUAGCAUUCUACAGUUCCCUCUGUUUAUCGCCUUCACUGAUUUCUGCAUCUACUGGAUUCACCGCGGCUUGCACCACCCGCUGAUCUACAAGUCCCUCCACAAGCCCCAUCACAAGUGGAUCAUGCCCAGUCCCUUCGCGUCGCAUGCCUUCCACCCCUUGGAUGGUUGGUCGCAGAGUGUUCCUUACCAUGUUUUCCCAUUCAUCUUUCCCCUACAGAAGCUGGCCUAUGUUUUCCUCUUCGGCUUCAUUAACCUGUGGACGGUAAUGAUUCACGACGGAGAAUAUGUUGCCAACAGCCCGAUCAUCAACGGGGCUGCUUGCCACACGAUGCACCACCUCUACUUCAACUACAAUUAUGGCCAAUUCACGACACUGUGGGACCGCCUCGGUGGCAGCUACCGGAAGCCCAACGAAGAACUCUUCCGGCGCGAGACGAAGAUGGACGAAGCUGAGUGGAAGAGACAGACCAAGGAAAUGGAGACAAUCCUCAAAACAGUUGAAGGCGAAGACGACCGCAAGUAUCUGUCUCAAGAAGAGACUAAAAAGGAUCUGUGAUCGAUAUCGUCGCGCCAUGGAGUACGCCAAAAGUCCUCAGUUAUUACAGACUGCGUUGGCGGAGAAUACAUCCGAAUCGAACUCCGUUGCGGAUAGGUCAACUGCUCAUGGAGGCGGAAACAGACAAAAAGAACCUACCAAAAAGCCCAUCGAAACGAAAAGAGGAGGGCCUGACAUAACUCCUUUGACCACUUGGACAGGUUGGUCCCCAACCUUGACGUGAAUUAUGACUGUCAUGUGCUUUCACAUUUUCCCUUUCUUGGCCACUGCCCAUACACUAAUCAUCUUUGUACAACACAUCAUUCCCUGUCUUCCUUCAUGGUCAUUCUUAUUGUAUCAUUUUAAUCAUCUGCAUGCAUGGAGGUCCGGAAUCUUCUCUUCUUCUCUUCCCUGCUUGUCUUUUGGCAGGACCUGUGCAAGUUUGCUGUAUAUAAUUCAUCAAUUAUUAGAAACACAUACCAACAUUACAUUAAUAAACCUACUGAAUACC